UCAAUUUCCUCAAAUUAUAAAUUGGCCCCUCCUCCUUUUUCACUCAUCACCCACACCACUCCACUUUCAGCUCUUCUGUCCGCCUGUCAUCUUCAAACGCAAUCCAACGCCUCUUUUCUCUCUCCACCUUUUUCUCUCUCUAAAACUCCUACGAAAACCGUUGCUUUUGCGUCUCUCUUCUGUUUGCCCCCUGCCCUCAAACCAACACACACAACAAUGGAAGCUCCAGACUUCUUCGUCGGCAGUUUUUUUGGCAACCAAUUCUCGUCCGCAAAUCACUAUUCCGAUCACAAACCGACCGCCGAAAACAACCACUUCACCGUCGAGGACCUUCUCGACUUCUCCAAAGAAGACGAAACCAUGACCGACGCUUUCUUCGACACUUUCACCGGAAAUUCAACUGAUUCUUCCACAUUAACCGCCAUUGAUAGCUGCAAUUCAUCUGUUUCCGGCAACAUUAGCUGCCGGAGUUUCACCGACGCUCAAUUCUCCAGCGAACUAUGCGUCCCGUACGAUGAUUUGGCUGAGCUCGAAUGGCUCUCGAAUAUCACUGAAGAAUCGUUCUCAAGCGACGAUUUGCAGAAUCUCCAACUCAUCUCCGGAGCCAAAGCUUCCACCGACGCCUCAAAUUCCGAAACAACCCACAGUUUUGGCACCGAAACAACCGCCGGUGACCGAAACAACCCGCCAGUGCUUCGACCGGACGUCUCAGUCCCCGGAAAAGCCCGAAGCAGGCGCUCACGCGCCGCCCCGUGCGACUGGACGUCCCGGCUCCUUGUUCUCUGUCCUACGACGUCGUCUUCAGAUACAAACAACAAAACGCCUAAAACGAUGACGUUGAAGAAGAGAGAGGGUUCAGAGACUGUGGGCCGGAAGUGCCUCCACUGCGCCUCCGAGAAGACCCCGCAGUGGCGGACUGGGCCUUUGGGUCCAAAAACACUCUGUAACGCCUGUGGGGUCCGAUACAAGUCGGGUCGGUUGGUGCCCGAAUACCGACCUGCCGCAAGCCCGACCUUUAUGUCGACAAAGCACUCGAACUCUCACCGGAAAGUUCUUGAGCUUCGGAGGCAAAAUGACAUCCAUAGGUCCCAGCCGCAACACUUUCUAAGUCAAAACACGAUUUUCGGAGCAUCGAACGGUGAUGAUUACUUGAUUCAUCAUUCCAACGGCCCUGAUGUCAGGCAGAUGAUCUAGCAUGUGCGGUAGUAAUAGCAGAACGUUAGCUUUUGGUAUCUCUUUUUUUUACUGUUAUUUUUCUAAUUCACAUGUUUUAGAUAUUUGAAUUUUCAGAAGAAAAAAAAAAAAUCUAGAAAUAGGAAGGCAAAAAGGUGGGGAUGGACGAAGUGGUCAUUUCACUGUAGACUUUGUAAUUUUGUUUUUUUAUUGGGGUCCUAUCUUUGAUAAGUUGAGAAUUAAAUUUUUAUUUUUUUAUUAUUUCUGAAAA